UUUUACUUAAUAUUUUUUGGCCAUUAAAAAUAUUCAGUAUGAGUAGUAAUUUAUUUUUGUUUGAGUUUUUAGUUCAAAAAAUUGGGUUUUCAAGCCUCAAAAUAUCAAAAAAAGACAUAAAAAUCGAAAUCAAAUUUGGGGCGGCUAAAGGCAUCAUUGACUUUAGCAUAUUUGAAGAUGAAUUAGAUGAACAUGCUGAUGUUUCAACUGAAGAAGUUGUUUACCAGGGCGGCAAAUCUUUUUUAUUUCCCAGUAAUAACAUGAAUUUGCUGAUGAGAAUGGGUGAACCAAUGGGUUUGAAAUUUUUUAUUGGAGAAGAAGAUGUCGGCUAUGCAAAAAUUCCAUGGAAUGAUAACUUUUUGGACCUUAUAGAAUUAUCUGUAAAACUGGACUCGGUAAAACCUGCCAAAUUUGAAAAUCAGAUUAAAAUUUUAUCCGAAGAAAAUAAGAUCAUUGGUUUUAUGGAUAUUUUUAUGAGAUUGUCGUUUCUGGGAAAUACUCUUGAAACUUUGUAUUAUGUUGACACUAAGGAUGAUGAUUUUGUGUUUGCUAAUCCAAAUUCCAGCAAAAUAUUUAAAUGCACCAAAGUUGGAUCAAAAAUUCUUCCGGUUUCUUCAAUAUACAAUCCAGUUACGGAAUCUAGAGUACAUGAAAAGGAACCGUCUUUUGAAGAUCUAUUUGAUAGUUUCAUAUACGAUGAUAUUGGCGAUGAUAAAAAUGAAAGUAUACAAAGUAUGGCAACAAUCGUUGAUAGAAGACAUGAAGCUAAAUUUCUUGAUUUACGUAACAUGGUAGAAGAGGCAGUGCAGGAUAUAGAUUUAGAAGCUGUAAAAGAAGUGGAGCUUACGGCUGACAAAAUUAAUAGGCUAAUGUGCAACAAAGAACAUUGUCCUGCAGCAGGUAAAUUCAAAGACUUUGGAAUUGGGCCUUUGGCUACAGGAAAAGGUCUGGGGACUCUUUAUGGAGCUGUGGAACCACCAACUUUGUAUGGAAUGAGUCAGACAUACGGAAACUUGGAACAAUAUGGUCCUUUUGGUGUUUUGGAAAAAACCAGGCAUAAAGAGACGGCUAGUUUUAAGAAAAUGCCUCUAGAGCCUUUCACUGAUAAUUGCAAAGUAUGUGAAAAUAAUAGUACAUCAACUGUUAAUUCUAUUUGUUCGGCUUGUGAAAGUGUAUUUCCCCCUAUGGAUUGUAAGGUUUACAAAAGAACAUGUUGUGAACCAUAUACUCCAAUGAAUAACAUUUUAAAUGAUAACAAAGAAUGCGAACUAAAUUUGGAAUGCUUAAUGCUUCCUCCUCUACGAUUAAAUGGCGGUGAACCAACUACAGAUGUGUUACGCUUAACUGGUGGCAGCGAUGAAUUGCCUUCUCUGUCAGCUAGUAAAGGUGCUUUUAUUAAAAGAAACACAAAAGCAAAAAAGGAGAACCCUUUGUUUGAAUGCCAAGCGGCCCUAAAACAAUUUGAUAAUCUUAUAGCAGCCUAUAAGAAGACUAUAAGCCCUUGCUAUAAAACUGUAUGUCCACAAAAUGAAAAUGUCCUAAAAGAUUCUUGUAAAAAAACUUGUACGGACCCUUAUGAGGAUGAAAAUUUAGAUGUAUUGUCAUGUUUAAAUUUAAAAUGUCCUUAUAUGAAUAACGUGUACGAUGGCAUUUUUAACUUUCCCCUUAUAGGAGAUAGGAAUACGAAUAUUUCUUGCCACGAAGUUGAUUGUCCUUUUCAAGAUCCUCACAACUUACUGGUUACGCAAAAAAUGAAGGAUGACGAGGUUAAAGUUGGUUGCACGUCGGCUUCUUGUCCAUACAAGCAGUAUAAAGCAUCCCUGGUUGGAGAAGAAAAAGUAAUGGACAAACAAUUUUUACCUAUUGGUGAUUUACGACAUUGCGGUCAUCCCAACUGCGAUUUUCCUAAAAAUCAAGAGUUGCCACCAAUACAUUGGGAUUGCCCUGAUCCCUUGCCAAAGGACAAAUGUAAAAAUCCAGACUGUCCUUUUAAACCGCUAAAGCCAGAACGUUUUCCUAAGAGCCCUUGUGGAAACGACAGUUGUCCUUACGCUUUACCGGACCCAUGCGAAUUAUUGACGUGUCCUUUUAGGGAUAAACCUUGUCCAUAUAAAGGAAAAGGUGGAGAGGAUGAAUGUGAUGAUCCAGAUUGUGUUUUUAAUACUGUAUUACCUUGUUGCCCAAAAUCCAGUUCAAUGUCUGUACAAGAACCACUAACAACAAUGCCAUGCUGCGGUAAUCCUAAUUGUCCACUUACAAGUCCGAGUGGGGCAAAAAGAAAUCCAGCAAUGGAUAAAUGUUAUAAUCCAAAAUGUCCAUUUUCAAAAGUUACAAAAGAUUGCUCUAAACAGUCAAAAAACGAAUGCGAUAGUGAACAAUUAAGUGAAAAUUUACCUUUUGAUUGUGAAAAGCCUACGACUUGCACGGAUGAUUCCAACAUAUGUGAUAAUCCAGGAUGUCCAACAAAAGUACCAUGCGGUCAAAGAAAAAAGUCCGAUGUUUGCUCAAACCCUGAUUGCAAAUAUAAUAGAGAUGAUGAUUGCUUAGAUUGUCAAAAUCGUAUAUGUCCAAGAAGUGAAACUUUUGUGGAAGAUUCUUGUACAAACCCGGAAUGUCCCUAUAAUUUACUAAAAAGAAAGCAAGACAAACUAAGAAGAAAAUUAUGCAAGAACCCAAAAUGUAAAUUUUAUAAGGAACUUAAUUUAAUUGAAGAGGAAGGUGAGGACGAAGAUGAAUAUACUUGUAAACCAACUUGUGGCGAAAUUAAAGCAAAGCCAAAAAAAGUGAGAACUAAAGGAAAAUUUGUAUACUCCAUUGGAGAUACCUACCCUGGUCACCAGAUGGGUCAUAGGGAAUGCUUACUGAAAAGACUGUUGGUGCCAGCUUACAUGGGAUGGUUGUGGAAUAAACCAAUUUUAGGAUGUAAACAACGUAAAGGAUGGGUACCUGGUGCAAUAGGAAGAACAAUAGCUCAAAGAAUUAGAGACCACCGAGCAAAGCAAGGGUUGGGAAUAUUGAGAUUACCAAUAUUUAGUAAAAGUGGCCAACCGACUUGGGCAUCAAAUGAAGUCCACGUUAUACCAAGACCCACAUUACAAAUCAAAAAGACAGAGGGGAGCUAUUAUGUUACUUUAAAUCCACUUAAAGACCCCAAAACACUGGUUCCCAAUGAAGAUCCCUAUAUAAAUUGUGUACCUCUCACUUUCAAAAUUACCAGAACAACCAAUAAAGGUGAAAAUUGCUGUUGUAAUGAAGAGUCUUCUUCAACUGAUAGUGAUUUGGAUAUUGAGUUUACACCACCAGGAGGUAUUAUAAAUCCUGAAAGAUUUAAACAGUUGUUUAAUGUAAUACAUUGCGAUACGCAGUAUAGAGUGGAAGAUUUUGAAAAAAAGAAGAAGGGUAAAAAAGGAAAGAAAGACAAAAAAGGGAAAAAGGGAAAGGGAAAGGGCAAAAAGAAAAAGUAAACUUUAUUUAAAAACAAAAUUGUAAAAAAUAAAAGUAUUAGUAAUAGUUUUAUUCAAAAUAGUUUUCUAUUUUUAACUUUGAGGUGAAAUAAAUA